GUUUACGGUGUCUCUGUAUGUGACUGUCAGCGUGUGCGUUCGUUCGUCCGUCCGAUCGUUCGCCACUACCCGUUGUCGCCGCCGCCGCCGCCGUCACCGUCGGUGGGUUGUAUACGUCGCGUCGCCUACAAGUUGCUACCGAGUAAUACACACCAGUCUGUCCCGAACUCGUGUCCAACAGCAAUAACCGUCGCUACCUCGUACGACAAAAUGAUGUUAUGUUUUUUUAACGCAUUAUAUUAGAUAGAACUAUUUUUUAUUUUGAUUUGUUUGAACGCGUUGUGAAAUAAAUUUUUUUUUUUUUUGUACUCGAAAACAAUUCUGCGUGAAAGUUGCCCGAUGACACGGACUUAUAGCAGUCGGGUAACGUUAACAACGGCAGUGGUCUCUUAGAGGCCCCGCAAAGUUUUCCAAAACGGGUUUUCCCCGUACCAUGACUUCACAGUUUUCGCAGCAACUCGUCAAAAAUAUUGGACACCAGACCGCAUCGUUAGCGUCGCAGCCAACAUCUUUACUCCAACAACCGCCUCCUGCACCACCGUCCUCGACGUCGUCCAGCAGUCCGCCACCGACGAGACACUCUUCCGCUUCGCCGACCCGGCCGUCAACGGCCGUGCUCACGACUUCAGCCACUCCGGUAACGUCGACCGCCGCCGGCGGUAGUCCUACAACGGUCUCGACCGCUGUCAGCACGUCUACGGCUCCUCGGUGCUGUGACACCGGCCGACCAAUCUUCACCGACCCAAUUACAGGCCAAACGGUCUGUUCGUGUCAGUACGACUUGCUCAGCUAUCAGAGGUUGGCCGCGUCAGGCGUUCCGGCCUUAUCCAUGUACACCGCGCCUUAUCCUGACGGUAUGGCUGCUUACUUUCCGGCCUUAGGGUCAGACCAGCCACCGUUUUACUCCGCCGCCGCGGCGGGACUAGAUCUCAAAGAGAACCUGGCAGCUGGAGCUACAUGGCCGUACCACUCGGUCUAUCACCCCUACGACGCAGCGUUCGGGUAUCCUUUCAACGGGUACGGCAUGGACCUGAACGGGGCCCGGAGGAAAAACGCCACGCGGGAGACGACCAGCACAUUAAAGGCGUGGCUGAACGAGCACAAGAAGAACCCGUACCCAACAAAGGGCGAGAAGAUCAUGUUGGCCAUCAUAACCAAAAUGACUUUGACCCAAGUUAGCACGUGGUUCGCAAACGCCCGGAGGCGUUUGAAAAAAGAGAAUAAAAUGACCUGGGAGCCCAGAAACAGGGUUGAAGACGAAGACAACAAUAACGAGGACGAUCGCAAGACUCCUGACACUAAAGAUAUGGAUUGCAAAGAUUCGGGAACAGGAUCGAGUGAAGAUGGUGACCGGCCCGGUGCCAACCAUACCGGCAGCGAAUGGAGUGAAUCGCGAGCCGACAGCGGGCCGGACUCACCGGAACUUUUCGAGAGACCGCCGCCACCUCAUUUCUUACACCAUCCGUCCCCGUAUCACCAUUAUCCGGCAGCAAUGGCUGCGCACCACGCUCACCAUCACCGCCGUUUCCCAUCAGCAUCACCGCCGGCACCACCAUCGGGCCUGUCACAGAGUAGCGCGCCCAAACCGCGGAUUUGGUCGUUGGCCGAUAUGGCCAGCAAAGACUCCUCCGCAAUGAGCACGUCACCCAACUCACCGACACCGCCUUCACUGGCCAUGGGUCCGUUCGGUAAACCUGGCAGCGAACACAGGCGGCCACCAGCGGCGCCCGUCCCAUCUCUGCCACCCGGUUUUGCCCGACACGAGCUGUACCGGUCGUUCUACGAAGACCCCGCGUACAGGCCGUUCGGGGUAGGAACGUCGUCAGCGUCGGUGUUCCCUUCAGCCAUAGCCGCGGCCGCCGCUGCCGCAGCGCACAACAACCAUCACACGGUGAAAGCCGAACCUUCGCCGGCCUCGUCGUCGGACACCGAAUCAAUAGUUCAGGUACAGCAGGCCGAAAGAGCAUGAGGCCCAACCGAAUAAAAAGCCUGCGCUGAAGUCUCCAAAUAACAAAAGCAAAAAAAUCCAAAGAUAAUAAUAUAUAUAUGAAAAUGAAUAUUACUUGUAAAUUCUUUUUAAAAAUUAAUUCGUGUACAUAGAAUACGUUUAUAAAUAUAUAUAUAUAUAUAUAUAUAUAUAUGAGAUAUAUACAAAAAUAAAAAGGCAUGUAUAAUUGUGCAGACAAUAAGUUGAAUAAAAAUUUAAAAAAUAAGUUAAAUAAAUAAAUAAAUAUUUAAUAAUGAUAUGUAAUCGGAUACGUAUAACAGUAAAUUUAACGGAGAAAAAAAAUGAAAUCAUAUUUCAUAAAUGUAUUGUGUACAUUGUAUACUUGUGUAUUAGGUGUAAUACUAAAUCAUAGAGAGGACGGCCGUUCAUUCGAGUCUGUCCGGUUUAAGUCGACUGGACAAUCUUUUACUGUUGCACGGGGAACGUUUACACGUAAUGCAUUGCAAUUUUUUUUUUAUUGGCAUGUUAAUUUGUUGGUUUUUUUUUUUUAAAUUAUUUUUCGCAGUCUUUUUGUGAAGAGACGCGGUAUGAAAAUUUACCUUUUCUCGUGUCUUUCUGUUGAUAAUAGCGAACAAACGAUAGUUGUAGAUUAUACCGAUAGUAUCAUUGACAAUUAUUACGAAAUAAAAAAUAUGAAAAAAAAUUUAAUUGUACGGGAUUACGGCGUUGAACUCCUCGUGCGCGUUGACACACUUAUAAAUUAUUAUUUUAUUGUUUUACAUAACUCUUAGUGUAUAUUAUUUAGAGGUUUGUACAUUGUACGAUGUAACGAUAUAUAUAUACAUAAUAUAUAUAGAAAUACGCGAUAUUAUUAUUUUAUUUUGUAAUUAAUUGGAGUAAAAAAACCAUUGUUAUAGCUUUAAAUUUAAAUUAUUCUAUUAUGUUUUUUUGUGAUAUUGUAGUCGGUACUUUUCCUAAUACAUUGUUUUUUUCUUAAA